AUGCAAUGAUAGAAACUACAAUUCCCAUGAAGCCCUUGCACAUUGUGAACUCCACUGGCGCAGGCUGUCUGCUCGUGUGUGCAGAGUCUUGGGUGCUUCGAGCUUUUACACCACGUUAUCAUCAUGCUGACACUGCCACUGAGAUAUUUAGUCAGGCCUCUGUGCCAGCGUGUGAGUGUGAGUCUGAGAGGGCAACACUCUGCAGCAGCACAGGCACCUGAUCAUGAGCGGCCCUGGACCGGACAGGACAGCCUGGCGCAGGACGAUCCCGAGAUGUGGGACCUGCUGCAGAAAGAGAAAGACAGACAGUGUCGUGGGCUGGAGCUCAUUGCUUCCGAGAACUUCUGCAGCCGAGCAGCACUAGAGGCCCAGGGCUCCUGCCUCAAUAAUAAGUAUUCAGAAGGCUACCCAGGAAAGCGGUAUUAUGGUGGUGCGGAGGUAGUGGAUCAGAUCGAGUUGCUAUGUCAGAAGCGCGCUCUCAAUGCAUUUGAUCUGGACCCGUCUCUCUGGGGAGUCAACGUUCAGCCGUACUCGGGCUCUCCGGCUAACUUUGCCGCCUACACUGCAGUGCUGAAACCCCACGAGCGUAUCAUGGGUCUGGACCUGCCUGACGGAGGACACCUUACACACGGCUACAUGUCUGAUGUGAAGCGAAUCUCUGCUACUUCAAUCUACUUUGAGUCUAUGCCCUACAAACUCAACCCUAAAACAGGUCUGAUAGACUACGACCAGAUGGAGCUGACUGCGAAGCUGUUUCGGCCUAGGCUGAUCAUCGCCGGCACCAGUGCUUAUGCCCGCCUCAUCGACUAUGCUCGCAUCAAGAAGCUGUGUACAGAGUUAAAUGCAUACCUGCUGGCAGACAUGGCCCACAUUAGCGGCCUCGUGGCUGCUAAAGCUGUUCCCUCUCCGUUUGAGCAUGCCGACCUCGUCACCACAACCACACACAAAUCUCUCAGAGGAGCCAGAGCCGGGCUGAUAUUCUACCGUAAGGGUGUGCGCUCUGUGGAUAAGAAAGGUGCUCAGGUGAUGUAUGACCUCGAGGACAAGGUCAACUUCUCAGUCUUCCCCUCUCUCCAGGGAGGUCCCCACAAUCAUGCAAUCGCUGGGGUUGCUGUGGCUCUGCGACAGGCCAACACCCCAAUGUUUAGAGAAUACAUUGCACAGGUGAUGAAGAACGCAAAAGCCAUGGCUGAUGCAUUGCUGAGAAAAGGAUACACUCUUGUGUCAGGUGGGACUGAUAAUCACCUGGUGCUGGUAGAUUUGAGACCACAGGGAAUGGAUGGAGCACGUGCUGAAAGAGUUUUGGAGCUGGUCUCCAUUACAGCCAACAAAAACACCUGCCCUGGGGACAAGAGCGCACUCACACCCGGAGGCCUGCGACUGGGUGCCCCGGCUCUGACCUCUCGGCAGUUUAAAGAGGCAGACUUUGCGCGUGUUGUGGACUUCUUGGACGAAGGCUUCAAAAUCGCUCUGGAUGUCAAGAAAAAGACCAAGAAAUUAGCGGAGUUUAAGAGCUUCCUCCUGGAGGACCCUGAGACUGUUGCUCGGAUCGGUGACCUGCGCAGUCGGGUGGAGGCGUUUGCCCGGCCUUUCCCCAUGCCAGGCUUCUCCGAUCACUAGCCCCGAGCCGAGACUGAGAACCGGGUGAAGCUCCGCAUCCAUCUAGGAGCCUUUCAGCUACUUGCAGCAGAGUUAACAGUGAGAAAUGUAUCAGUAUUGGGAUAGAACUUUUUUCCGGUUUAAUAUGAGCCUCCUUUGUUAAUCAGGCUCCAUGUUGGAAAACAUGAUGUGAAGGGUUGCUGCUUGAGUAGCUUCGUCACCACACAGAAUUCUGAAUAUAAGAACAAAAUGGUUUUUCCCCACCCGAAAUGUAUAAGUCUUAAUGAGCCUGUAGUGCACAAAUAGACCGUCUAUAAACAGUUUUCUUCACGUUGCAGCUCUGUUGUGAUGUAUAACAAGAACCGAUGUGUGAUUAGUUUUGGUUGCCCACACAUUUUGAUUUUUUCAUUUUUAAAUGCUGAAUCAAGGGCCUGAAAAUACUGGGAUUUAAAUCCAAACUCAGAUUGAACAGGUGUGCUAUCAGACUGUUCAAAGCUGUUCAGUGACAGUCUGGCCUGGAGAACACAAAAUAAACAGCUCUAGUUCCAUUUCUCUAUGACAGUUUUAAUUCUGCAAGAGUAACCAGUUUGUAACUUGCGUUCAUUUU